CUCGGUCUGAAGUCGCACUUUGGUCCUCGCCGGACGCCGCAGAACCCCGCCCCGCCCGCACGCUUGCAGCGUGCCUGACGUAAGGGGCCUCGUCACGUGCCUGCGUACUGCGCGCCAGGCCGUGUUACCACAGCUACGACCUCAUCGCGUGGCAAAUGGAGACAAGCGAGAAUGUCUGCGCAAAGCCGGCUCUUAGCCACCCGGACCUCAUCACAUGAUGGGGGAGAGGUGGAGUCAAGGCGUUUCUGAGUCUGCGCCAACUCUUCAGUCUAUUUCGGCUCCACCCUACGCUUACAUCCGGGCGACUGCCACUGCGCGGAUAGUCGCCCUUGGGUGAGGGUGGGGGGGCAGCAAAAAGCGAGGCGAGGAGGCUUUGGCAUUAGCUUCGUAAAAGUUAAAACCUGAUAUUUAUUGAAUGAUGAAAACACAGACGGGAUUUAAAAAAAACUCCACAACGCUCGAUCAAGUAUCAAGCUGAGGAGCCGUGGCUCCACCCUGCCAGAACCUCCGCUCCGAAUCUUAGCUCUCAUUGGUCAAAAGCGCCGCCUGGCAACCCUGAGAUUGGCCAGACCGGCAGCCGGCCGCGUCCAAUGGGCGGCGGCGCCGGCUUUCCCGCGGCCGUUCGCUGUUCGGUGGCAGUUGAGGAGUGUAACGGUCGCCGGGCUCCGGAGUGACGAUGGCGGCCUUGGGGCCCGGAGGCUACGCGCGGAACGAUGCAGUCGAGAAGUUGCCAUCCAUCAUGGCGGGAGUUCCGGCGCGGAGGGCCCAGUCCUCCCCGCCCCCCGUUCUACCGCUCUGCCUCCGGCGGCGGACGAGACUCUCGGCGGCGCCCGAGGACACGGUGCAGAACCGGGUAUCACUUGAGAAGGUGCUUGGCAUCACAGCCCAGAACAGCAAUGGCCUAACCUGUGACCCCAGCACAGGCCACGUGGCCUACCUGGCAGGCUGUGUGGUGGUGAUUUUGAACCCCAAGGAGAACAAGCAGCAGCACAUUUUUAAUACAGCCAGGAAGUCUCUGAGUGCCCUGGCCUUCUCCCCUGAUGGAAAGUACAUAGUGACAGGGGAGAACGGGCACAGGCCUGCUGUGCGCAUCUGGGACGUGGAAGAGAAGAGUCAGGUGGCGGAGAUGCUGGGCCACAAGUACGGUGUGGCCUGUGUGGCCUUCUCCCCCAGUAUGAAGCACAUUGUGUCCAUGGGCUACCAGCACGACAUGGUACUCAACGUCUGGGACUGGAAGAAAGACAUCGUGGUGGCCUCCAACAAGGUAUCAUGCAGGGUCAUCGCCCUCUCCUUCUCCGAGGACAGCAGCUAUUUUGUCACUGUUGGGAAUCGGCAUGUGAGGUUCUGGUUCUUGGAAGUCUCCACUGAAGCAAAGGUGACAAGCACAGUGCCCCUCGUGGGGCGCUCAGGCAUCCUGGGUGAGCUGCACAACAACGUCUUCUGUGGUGUGGCUUGUGGCCGGGGCCAGAUGACGGGCAGUACUUUCUGUGUGUCCUACUCGGGCCUCCUCUGCCAGUUCAACGAGAAGAGGGUGCUGGAGAAGUGGAUCAACCUAAAGGUCUCGCUGUCUUCCUGCCUCUGUGUCAGCCAGGAGCUCAUCUUCUGCGGUUGCACAGAUGGGAUAGUCCGCAUAUUCCAAGCCCACAGCCUGCAAUACCUCGCCAACCUGCCCAAGCCGCACUACCUUGGAGUGGAUGUGGCCCAGGGCCUGGAGCCCAGCUUCCUUUUCAGCAGGAAGGCAGGAGCCAUCUACCCGGAUACAGUGGCGCUGAUCUUCGACCCCAUCCACCAGUGGCUGUCCUGUGUGUAUAAGGACCACAGCAUCUACAUCUGGGAUGUCAAAGACAUCAACAAAGUAGGCAAGGUGUGGUCAGAGCUCUUCCACAGCUCCUACGUCUGGAAUGUGGAGGUGUAUCCUGAGUUUGAAGAUCAGAGAGCUUGUCUGCCAUCAGGAUCUUUUCUGACUUGUUCCUCAGACAAUACCAUCCGCUUCUGGAACAUGGACGGCAGCCCUGACUCUCACUGGCAGAAGAACAUCUUCAGUAAUACCCUGCUGAAGGUUGUGUAUGUGGAGAAUGACAUCCAGCACCUGCAGAACAUGUCACACUUCCCAGACCGGGGGAGUGAGAAUGGGAUGCCUGUGGACAUGAAAGCUGGGGUACGAGUCAUGCAGGUCAGUCCUGAUGGCCAACACUUGGCUUCAGGCGACCGAAGUGGAAAUCUGAGGAUCCACGAGCUGCACUUCAUGGACGAGCUGGUCAAGGUGGAGGCCCAUGAUGCUGAGGUGCUGUGCCUGGAGUACUCCAAGCCUGAGACAGGGUUGAGCUUGCUGGCCUCAGCCAGUCGGGACCGACUGAUCCACGUGCUGAACGUGGAGAAGAACUACAACCUGGAGCAGACCCUGGAUGACCAUUCCUCCUCCAUCACAGCCAUCAAGUUUGCUGGCCACAAGGACAUCCAGAUGAUCAGCUGUGGGGCAGACAAGAGCAUCUACUUCCGCAGUGCCCAGCAGGCCUCAGAUGGACUACACUUUGUCCGUACCCACCACGUGGCAGAGAAGACCACCUUGUAUGACAUGGACAUUGACAUUACCCAGAAGUACGUGGCUGUGGCCUGCCAGGACCGCAACGUAAGAGUCUACAACACCAUGAACGGGAAGCAGAAGAAGUGCUACAAGGGCUCCCAGGGUGAUGAAGGGUCCCUGCUGAAGGUCCAUGUGGACCCCUCAGGCACCUUCCUGGCCACAAGCUGCUCUGACAAAAGCAUCUCCGUGAUUGAUUUUUACUCCGGGGAGUGCGUUGCCAAGAUGUUUGGCCAUUCAGAAAUCGUCACCGGCAUGAAGUUCACCUACGAUUGUCGUCACUUGAUCACAGUAUCCGGAGACAGCUGCGUGUUCAUCUGGCACUUGGGCCCGGAGAUCACCAGCUGCAUGAAGCAGCACUUGCUGGAGAUUGACCACCGUGAGCAGCAGCAGGAGAACACGAAGGGCAGGAACUGGAGCAGCCACCCCAGGCAGGAGACAUAUGCAUCCAUGCCCAACGAGAUUUGCUCCCUAAGCCCUGGAGAGCAGACGGAGGAUAAGCUGGAGGAAGAAUGUGAACCUGAAGAGUUACUAAAGACACCAUCAAAAGAGAGUUUGGAUCCAGAUCCUCGGUGCCUGCUGACCAACGGCAAGCUGCCACUCUGGGCAAAGCGGCUGCUAGGAGAUGAUGAUGUGGCAGACAGCUCGGCCUUCCACGCCAAGCGCAGCUACCAGCCACAUGGCCGCUGGGCGGAGCGGGCUGACCAGGAGCCUCUCAAGACCAUCCUGGAUGCCCGGGACCUGGAUUGCUACUUUACCCCCAUGAAGCCCGAGAGCCUAGAGGAUUCUGUUCUAGAUACAGUGGAGCCGCAGAGACUGGCGGGCCUGCUGAGUGAGUCAGAGAGUCCCCAGGACAAUGGCUGUGGGCCUCCCUCCUUACCACCCCUACAGAGGGAGUCUUCUGAGGCCAGCGAGCUCAUCAUCUACCCCCUGGAGACAGAGGUGACAGUCACAGGGACAGACAGCAAGUACUGUGCGGAAGAAGUAGAGAGGGCGCCAGGAGACCAGCAAGGUGACUCCUACCUCAGGGCCCCCUCCAUCGACUCGAAGGACCAGAGGCCACCUGAGGACUCAGGGGAGUCAGAGGCCGACUUGGAGUGCAGCUUUACCACCAUCCAUUCCUCCCCUCCACAGCCAGACCCAGACCCUCAGUUUGAUGUGACGCCCCCUACACCAGACCCCCUUCUCCUCUCCCCAGGAUGCCCAGGUACCACAGAAGAGUUGUCCCAGCCCGAGGUGCCAAGCAUAUCCAACGGCUCCCUGCCCCAGACCCCUGAGCAAGAGAAGUUCCUCCGCCACCACUUCGAGACACUUACUGACGCCCACCCUGAGGAGCCCUUCCACGGAUCCCUGAGAGACCUGAAGGCCUCUGAGGCCGAGGACAACUUCUUCAAUCCCCGGCUGAGCAUCUCAGGCCAGUUCCUCUCCCGCCUCCAGAAGACAUCCAGGUUCACCCACACCUUCCCUUCCCGGCUGCCCCUGCACCUCGUGAAAUCCCCAGAGGUCAAACUCAUGGAUCUCAGGGGGAGCCCGCCCAGAGCAGAGCCCCUGAGAGCAGGUACUGGCUACACCUGCCCAGGCAGGACCAAUGUCAUCUCUGGGGGAAAGGCUGAGGAGCCCCUCGAGACCCUGGAAGCCUGGUCCCCACUGACCCCCUGCCUCACAGGCCUGGCGCCCUGCAUCCUGCCCUCCUCUGUGCUGCCCACAGAGAAGAAGCCUCCGACACCCACAGCUCUACCCACUCCAGGCCUGGCUCAGGGUUUCCACACCCCCGCCACCCGCUCCUGCAUGGAGGCCACUGCCAGUUCCUGUGCCAGGAUACCACACAGCAUUUCCAUUGAGGACAGUGAGGGCCCUGUCCUGGCUGAGCUGGCCAGGCCUCUGUGCAGGUCCUCGUCCCUGGGGGAGCUGGCCUCCCUGGGCCAGGAGCUCCAAGUCAUUACCACCACAGUGACACCCAGUUCUGACAGUGAGGGCCAAGAAGCUGCCCUGCCCUCCCGGGGCAACCAUGAGGCCCGCGCCAGCCUGAAACUCACCCUGCCAAGCAUCUGUGACAAGCUCGUGUUGCCCCCACCCCAACUGGAGCCUCCCACCACGUGUGUCUGGUCCCAGGAGCCUGUGGCCAUCCAGCCCAAUGUCAUGGUCACAACAGCCAGCUUCCUGGCCCCCAGCCCUGUGGAUGGGAGUGCCCCAAGACUCCACAACGCCACCUUUCUCCCAAGGUUCCUGGCCACCGAGUCCCUCAAUACCCCUUCCCAUCCCAACAGCCCCCCACUUCCAGAGGCCAGGCCUGGGGUCCCUGGCAGCAUCACCUCCCUCCUGGAGCCCACCCCUGAUGCGCUCAGUCCAGUCCAGGGCUGCCCUGGACACUGCGGGGAACCGAGGGGGCCAGCCAGGGUACUGCCCCCAGAUCCCCUUGAGCUGAGCAAUGUGGGGACCGUCGUGCACAGACUGCAGACUACCUUCCAAGAAGCCCUGGACCUUUACCACCUGAUGGUCUCCAGUGACGAGGUGGGCGCCGAGCAGCGGCAGGCACGGACUGAGCUGGCCUCCACUUUCCUUUGGAUCCACAGCCAGUUAGAGGCCAACGACUGGCUGGUUGGGACCGAUGUGGCCCCAGCCCAGGCCCUGCCCAACCCAGGCCCCCCCUCCCCACCUACACUGUGCCCCCUGGCCAGCCCAGACUUGCGUGCCCUGCUGGAACACUACUCAGAGCUGCUGGUGCAGGCCGUGCGGAGGAAGGCACGGGGGGACUGAGAGCCAGCAGCCCCCUCCACCGCAGCCCUGCUGCUUCUGAAGAAAUAGUUACUUUACGCAAAUAAACUGACAGCUUGGA